GCCGCCCCCCUCGGCGGCGGGCCCGGCGGCGGGAGGCGGCGCCUCUCGGGGGUAGGGGGCGGGCCGGGCCGGGCCGGUGCUGCCUUCCGGGGCUCGGCACGGCGGCGGCCGGAGCCGGGCAGGAUGCGCUCCGUUGCCCCGCUGUUGUUGCUCUGGGUCUGCCUGCUGCCGCCCCUGUUGUUGCCGGCCGUGCCCGGCGCUCACGGCAGCCAGGAGCCUGCGGCGGGCCCGGUAGCGGCGGUGGUGGUGAACGGCAGCCGGUUGCCCGCCGAACCGGCCGGAGCCCCCGGCAACCACAGCGGGGCCCAGCUCAGCCCCGUGCCCGCUCUGCUCCGCGACCUCUCCGCGCUGAAGGCCGCCGUCAUCGGGGCCUGCGCCCUCACGGCCGCCCUCAUCGCCUGUCUCCUGCUCCGCGUCUUCAGGUCUGGCAAGAGGAUUAAGAAGACCAGGAAGUACGACAUAAUCACCACUCCAGCCGAGCGUGUAGAAAUGGCUCCUCUGAACGAAGAAGACGAUGAGGAUGAAGACUCAACAGUGUUUGAUGUGAAAUACAGGUAAAGCAGCUCUGUGGAGCGUUGGUGCCCUGCAAGAUGUCAUUCUGCUGUCGAGGGACCUGCUGAAGCCAUAACUGUGAAAGGGGAGGCUUUCAUCUCUGCGGCGUUACAACCAAACCAAGCCUCAUCUCCUCGAGGUGCUGUUUGUACAGCAGGCUAUGGAUCUUAUGACCAAAACGUCACCAUUCGGUUCCCUGGUUUCCAAACUGUUGUAUUGGAAUGACCAGAGUUCCUCUUUGCAAACUCAGUGCUCUCUUGCUUUAGGAGGGCUGCGGUAUCACUAACGCAUGAAAAGAAGCAGUCCUAUGUACCGACUUGCAGCUCAUUAUGGUCUAAAUAAGUUUUGAAGAAGGAAGAAGAAAAGGAAGAUUGAACCAAACUGCCCCAAGGACUUAUUUUCUAAAAUCCUAAUUCAGUACUUUAGUCACUGUUAAACUUUGGUCGUUGUUAAACACAUCAUGUGUUUAAAGGAAAAAUGAAGGUGUAUUAUUUGGGACUUACAGAGGUGACUUAUGGCUUUAGGUGGUACAAAUGUAAGCCAUGCUGAAAUGCCACACUGUAUGUUUAGCGUAGGAUUUUGUGGGGGCAGGGGGUGAGAGGUUGACUCAAGUAGAAAACUUUCUUGACUUGCUACUGAUUAUUUUUUUUUUUUUAAAAAACAACAAUUGCACUAAGCUUUCGUGAUGACAUUCUCAUUGUCCCAAGGAGCUCUGAUCAGACCAACUUGAAUGAGACCACAGGGAAACAGGAAGAAUCAGGCAUGCCCUAAACUACAACAAUCUUGGAUUAAAGAAGAUAUAUUUUUGUAAUUUUCUGCCCUUCCACAGGGAGUAAAAACAGUGUUUUGUACUGUCCUGUGCUUACUGUAACUUAUCUACCAUUCAUCUAUAUUACCUUUUUUCUAAGCAAAAUAAGUUCUCAUGUGGAACGAUUAGAUUGCAGAAGGAACACCUCUUAUUUUUCAUGGAAGCUUCAUGUAAGUGAUCUUAAUCUAUAUCAAACUGGAAGUUUUUUCCCUAGCACCUGCUUGACAAAUCCCAUUUAACUCAAGGAUGUGUUUUUAACCAUCGCUCCCUGCUGUGCUUUGUGCUUGCAGAGGUCAGAGCUGUGGGGUGACACUAUGAGAAUUAGAUUACUGCAUCUGGAUGGAUCGGGUUUAGAAGACCGCAAGCAUGUACGCUUUCCAGGCCAUCCUUAGAAAGGGCAAACCUAACUGGUUUAGUUUCUUUACUUUGUGGUUUUCCUUUAAAGUAACCACAGAUGCAGUUCAGACUUCUCUUUGACAUGUUUAUUCUCGGUUUACUGCACCCCUUAACACCUUUUUAUUUGGGGUUUUUAAGCUGGCUGGAACCUUGCUUUUCUCGGGGAGUGCAUGUUUUCCAAUUUUUUUUAGCAUUGUCCUGCUGUUUGCCUGACCGUCUUACUAGCCUCCUGCAGUUACAACCCCUCAAGGAGACUGCAGAGUAUCUGGCAAAGCACCAUCCUUGCAGCAAGCUGCUAGUUUUGGGUGUGUUUUGGUUUUUUUUUAUUUUUUGUUUUGGGUUUUUUUUUUUUUGAAGACCGAUUGGGAUUUGAGGCUUGCCGAGAACACUGAGCUGCUUUGUCAUGAUACCACAACCCACUGCAGUUCUGCGCCGUUCCCUUGGGCCCUGCAGUCAGUAAGAGGAGGUGAAGGGGAAUGUUGUGGGGGUUUUUUGGUGUUUUUUUUUUUUUUCCUUUCCUUUCCAGCAGCGUUGCGCUCUCAUCAAAGAAGCUCCCCUAACACGGCUUGCUUUCCCUAGCCGUGACUCAGCGAAAGCUUUGCAAACAGCCCGCUCAGCCUGGAUGGAAAAAUCCCACAGCAGACUGUUGUGUUAAUAUUAGUCAUUGAGGCAAUAUAAAAAUGCUAUGUUAUUUUCAUUCACGGAAUGAAUUUGAGUCAUUCUGUAUUACCGUUACUAAGCAAUAUUUAACGUGUCGGCUGCGAGGUGAGGAUGGAGCCGAGCAGGUUGUGUUCCUGGUAGGAAUUGCAGGGACCGGUAAGCUGAACGGUGCUGUGGGUUGAGAUAAGAUCUGGGGCUCUUUCCCUGCCUAGGUAAAACAAGUUUCCGACUUAGGCUGGAUGAUUCUGAAGGAAAUACUGUGUCUUUUCAGGACUAAAGUACUUUGAAGACUGUGGAUUGAACUUCUUAGGCAGACCAAGUCCUUUUGAAGUCAGAGAAGUGGCGAUGCUGAGAGGAGUGAGAGAGGUUAAAAGCUUCUGUUUGCAUUUGUGGAAGGAGGCGAUGGAGUGAGGUGGCUGCCCUGGCUGAGCAGACACCAUGGCAACAUGUUCAUGUCCACUUUUCUGCCAAACUCAUUAAACUGAGCAUCGGGCGCGCUGGAAGAGUGGCGGAGAGGGAAUGAAGCCUUCUCUGUGCACAAAAGAAAGGAGAGACCAAGUUAUGUAGGAGAGAGAUGAGAGGUAAAGGUGCAUAAAGGGCACUUCUCCUAUCCAAGGGUGAGUAAGUUCUUGAAAUCAGGAGUUCUUCCACCAACUUCAGGUCACUUGCUGAGUUAGGCUGGCAAAGGCCAGCCGCUUUCCUUGCAUGUGUCUAAAAGUUCCCACUGUUUCCAUAAGGUGGCCAAAUGUCAACGGUAGACAGGGACCAGGUAUUUCAAGAUGUUGAGGAUGGAGGUGCCCAGCUGCUGCUGGGAUGCUCUGGCUCCUCGGGGAAGUUCCCAAACUGUGUGCCGUAAGCUAAAAAGCGCUUAUGGGGAAGCAGCAGCAGCUGCUUGGUGGAAAUAAAAGGCCAACCUCACCAGUUGCUUGUGGUCAUGAAAAUAAUCUGAAUGCUUUGUUUGAUACUCAGUUGCUGUCGCAAAUGUGAGGCGGUGUUUACCUCUACAAAAGUUGCUGUAUGUGAUUUAAAGUGUCUGGUUAAAUAUUCUAUAGCUAUAUUUAGUUAAGAUUUUAAGAGCACUUGACGUGACUCAUCUAAUAGUAUAUAUAUAUGAAUAUUUUUUUAAUGGUAGGAAUUAGUUUAAAACAUAGUUUUAAUAAUUUGGACUGUUUGGUUCAGGUAGUUCUAGGAGUUCAUUGGAGAAGAAAUAGCCAUUAACCACUACAUGAAUGUUUUACCUUAAUGUUCUGUGUAUCUUACACUGCAGAUUCAAUUGCAUUGUGACUGUAACAUGUCUUAGUAUCUGCUGCUAUUUUGUGUUGCAUAGUCAAACUUGCUUUGUUCAAGAGCAUCUUUAAACCCGUAUUUUUUUGUUACAGAAAAUGAAAAGAGAAACGUUAUUACAGAUGUCUGCCUAUAGCUUGCCCACUGCUUACAAAAUCCACCGACUAGUAGCAGAGGCAAACAGAGCAAGCAAAUUUAGAGGCUUUCCUAUUUGUGUAUGCUGUGCUGCGGAGGAAAAACCCGCAGCUUCUUUACUCCAACCACAGCCCUGUCACUGGAGGUUGCAUUUGAGAAGCCAGAGGCUGGUGUGCCGUGCUUGCCUGCAGAAUUAAGUCAGACGUACACGGAUAGCUUUGUAUUUGGGUUUUGGGGUGGGGUUUUCUUGCCUUUUGCCCCAGAAGAUGACUGCAAAUGCUUGAUUAGCACAGUAACUUGUGCUAUCUUAAUGCUUAUCUUAAACCUAAACUGACUUGUAGAACUCUACGAGCACUAAUGAAGCUGGAACACACAAGCACUAAACACAUUUGAACCCUUUGUUUGCAGCCGUUCCCUCUAAUUCAGUGUACGUGGUGUAAUCUCUGCAGGGUGACGGGCUAUGGUUUUCAUUAGGGUUUUUUUCUUCUGUUAGGUGAGUUUCUGCUGCUGCAGUUUUUGUGUGCGGAAUUAUCAGGACCAUGCGUUUUGUUUUCUGAAAUUGCUUGAACUUUGUUUAAAAAUGUUUGAGAGAAUUUGUCAUUGUGACCAAAGCUUCUUUUUAAGAAAAAAGGGGUAAGACUAGUUUGAAUGGAUUUCUGAUGUUUCAGCAGAAACUGCCAUCAUUAAACAUGUUCUUGAAA